AUGAAUUCUUACCCUCUCCCCCCUACAUUGGAGGCGCUCAAUCAUGUCUCGCCCGUUCGCCUCCCCAACUCGUAUGGACUUACUCUAGGCUUUGCUUCCCCCCGUCAUCUCGCAGAGGCGGUAGACGUUACCCCACGGGGUGAGCGCCAGUGGUGGGUCGACCCGUCGGUUGAAGAGCAUCGCCAUCACCGAAGAAGGCAGGGAAUCCACCGUCGCUCUCACCACAGGACGCCCCCAGAAACCCAUCAUCCAAGUCAGCGCGCCAAUCUUGCUCAUGCCAACCCCUACGCACCACCCACCCCUGCUCCACGUCCGGUACGAGCGCCGAUGCCUGCACCUGCACCUCCAGUCGUACCAACGCAGGCGGUCACGGCUCAGGCACCCGCGCCUCGCCCGCAACAACACGUGGGAGUACGUCCGGCGCCGGCGCCUCAAACCUACUUUACGAACGCCGCGCCAGUAAUUCCCCCUAUGCCGGUUCCUUCGGUUGCUCCCGUCCAACCUGAGUACCGUGCCACGAACAAUUGUGGCGACCAUCCGCUUCCUUACGACCCCGAAUCGUACACUCGGUACUUCCAUCCCUCUGGCGCGCCCGCUCCCCGAGUUAUACCUGCCCCAGCCGCUGCCCCGCCUCCUCCUCCGACUCAGAACGCGGAUUCACGGCCGUCGCGGGGCCGUCGCCUGUCGAAUGCGUUCAAGUCCCUGUUCCAUAAAGGCGACUGUUCUCGCGCUUCGGCGCCGGCUGCUCCCCCGCAGGUCGUCUACGUACCCAUCCCUGCAGCCGCCGCUCAGCCCGCGGCACCCCAGACGGCUCCUCAGCCCGCUCCCUUGAAUCGUCCCGCGGCAAUUGACCAUCGCGCCGAAGGAACGACCGCAAGGUCCUCCCCCGCUUUCAACAUCUAUACGUGCGACAUGCUGCCUCAAAUCUAUGGGGCCGGAAGGGACUUCCAGCGUGACCCGCAUUGGAAGGGUGCCGACAAGAAGAAGAUCAACGUACUGAUGCCAGUUGACUUGCUGGACUGCUGGUCCAUUUUCUUCAAUGCACCGAAUCUUAGAGAAAUUCACUUCUGGCACAUUACGGGCGACGACAGCUACCGAGUAUUUCCCCAGGUCGACGUCCCGAAGCUCAAGUCGUUGCACAAAGGCUUCGUCGCUUUGAGGCUUACUACUCCAGGGGAUGCGCAGAAAGGUUCGCCCAUGACAAGCCCGCCUAUCUAA